ACAUGGCGGACUAGGUUGCGUGAAAACAUUGGGCAGAGUAAUGAAUAUUUUAUCAUAGUGUGUAGCGUACAGAUUCCCAAGGCAUCAGUUUAGAUAAACACUAUCAAGAAAAGAUUUGGUCAUGGCGUCUGGCCAGAACGGAUCCACUGGAAGCAUGGGAUUCCCCCCAGGCAUGGAGGGGAUCAACCCAGAGAGGUUGAAGGCCAGACUCUACUCCUAUGCUCCACAACAAGCUCCGGUCAACCCCAGGGCCCUCCACUUCAAGGGGGUGACUCAGGCCCAGGCUAACAGAGUUAAGACUCCCCUUGGACCAAGAGUUGAACCAUUGACAUGUCUUCAAAAGCAUCAGAUGCGGAACCAGCCCCACUAUAUCCACAAAGUCAACAAGGAACGCAUCCUGACAGAACGCCGAAACAAGAAAGAUGAACCGGCAACCAAGAAACUACGACGGGCAGGGUCAGUGGAACCAAUGGAGGUCACGAGUGGGACACAGUCACCCUUGCCAGACCUUCCAGAAGAUCUCAAGCUCAAACAGGAUGCUAUGGUUCAUCUCACAACACCACGGCUACCCUCGCCUCCACAAGAACCCAAGCCAGAGUCCCUUCGGGGAAAGACUCACAUACAGGCUGCUUCAGUACCACAAUCAACAAAACCAAAGUUUGGUGAGACAUAUGAAGGGGUGAAGGAUGCCCACCAGAUCAUCAGAGUGAUCCGUGAGAACCCGCGUGUUGGUUUCCUGUACCUGAGUCCUGCUGUACAAUCUUCAGUGGAUUACCAUUACUACAACCUCAGGGUAGUAAAACAUGAACAUGUUCACAAGCAUGACCACUGCACCAUCAGUCGGAAGGGAGUGACGAGGAUGCGCAGUGAUGAUGAGACAGAGUUUAUCACACUGGACCGAUGGGAGCAGGAGGUCAACUACUUCAACAAGCUCAUCAAGAUACCUGCAUUUGCUCUCUUCCGGAAAUGGAAGGCCUUCAGCGUUUGGAGGAAGAAUGUCCGCACAAAGAAAAUACAGGGCUGUAAAAAACAGCUGAAUGAAAACCUCUUCAUCGUCAACCCAUCUCUGCGACCAGCACUGCUGAAUGUCCGUGAGAUGUGUCACCGCAUCAGUGAGAUGGGUCUGUGUCAGAUUGACAAGGAUCACACGUACACACUCACUGACUUCCGAGAGGCACAGUUCAACCAACUCAAUGAUGUGGCUGGGCGGCUGCAGGACUUCCGGGAGCUGGUGAAGGAGGUAGUCCGCAGCGCUUGUCGGACUGCGCUUCUGGAAGCCGGAUUCACCCCAGAUGAUUACUUCUAUGAUGGUCAGGACAGCCCUGGGCUGUAUGGUGACGGCAAUAUGGCUCCUGGGACGGCCUCCAGCUACCUCAUGCAGAGCAACUAUGACAUGGACAUCUACGGCGAGGCUCCAGACAAGAUGACCUACACUGAACAAGCCAACAAGAGGACACACUGCAAGAGACUUACAUGCUUCAUCCGACUGUCAGAUUAUCUGAUUGUGAACACCAUGCAUGUGCUGGCGGUCAACUCCGUGUCCACUCUGCUCAACUACCUGUCUGAGCAGCUGCAGAACACGCCCACACUCGCACAGAUACAGGGACUGGAGGAGGAGGAGGGGGACCAGAAGACAGAGGAGGAGAAGAAACCAACAGAGGACAAGAGUGGAGAGACACAGGACGAGGAGGAGGAGAUUCCCAAGUUACCUCCCCUGUUCAUCAGUGAGUUUAUUCUGGAACCGAUGCAGCUGCUGUUCUCUCCGGAUGUUGAUGACUUCCAGGACGGUCUAGCGGAGGUCAUCAAGAGAUUCCAGGAUUCUGUCCUCAGUGUCAUGAACCUGGUGCCAGAUCCCUACUUCGAUGCUUUUACCAGACCUAUCAUCAACAACAAGUUUGAGGAGAAGACCUGUGGUGAUGGCCCCAGCCUAGCCACCAUGUUUGAGGAUGACAAACACCUCCAGACAAUCAUCUACAGCAUCAGGGAUGCCAUCUCAGCAGCCUUCAACGCGGCCAGCCAGUACGCCGACACGUUCGAGCCGUACCGAGAGUUCUACAAGGAGAAUGAGAGCAUGGACCUGGAGAGUGUACGAGCUCAGGAACAUGAUGUGGCAUUCUUCUCCGAACAUCUUGAAAAGUAUCAUAGCCAACACAAGAUGGCUGAGAGUAUUGUUGCUAAGCGACCAAUUGGAAUGUUGUUGGUUGACGCCCUGAAGAUGAAGAAUCAGUUGAUUCCAUCACCGCUCCGUUGCCUGGAUGUGAUCAACGACAUGCUGCCUAUCCUUGCUAAGAGCGAGGUAGACCGGCUGAUCGCCGAGCUACAGGACGCACAGUUCAAGCUGGAGACCACCCCCACCACCACGCUAGAGUUUGUCCACUGCCUCACUUUCCUGGACGAAAUACAAGUCAGGAUUGAACCUCUGGAGAAGGAGGCGAUGGUCGUCAAGGAUAUGUACGACCUGAUUGACGAGUACAAAGUACCAACACCUCCAGAAGACUUUGCUGUCUAUCAGACUCUGGGCCCAUCAAUCACCAAUGUACGUAAUGCAAUAGACAAGUGUCUGACUGAAAGAGACGCCAAUAUUGACAAGUUCUGUACCCAUCUGGACAAGGACAUCGCUGAGCUGGCGAAGGAGGUGAAGGAAAUCAAGCAGGAGGCCCAGAACCCCAUCAUCCUGGACGUGAACUCGGACACAGACAAGGUGAAACAGGUGCUCACUAAGCUUCUCAAUCAGAUGGAGGAUCUACAGAAGCGAGCAUACACGUACAAGUCCUACCAGAAGAACUUCAAGGUCGAGGUUACCAAAUUUGAUGCCCUGGAGGAGGCGUAUGCUGAGCUGAAGCUGAAGGAGCUGCUAUGGACGGCCAUUGACGAGUGGGACGCCUUGCUGGAGGAAUGGACGACUUCGUCGUUCGAGGCCUUGGAUCCUGAGACGAUGACCAAUACGACUCUCAGGUAUUCAAAGUCUGUCCUGCAGCUGGAGAAGGGCCUGCCGCCAAACGCCGUCGUCCCCAAACUCAAGGAGAGAGUUGAACUCAUGAGGGAAAGGCUGCCUGUGAUCACGGAUCUGCGGAACCCGACUCUGAAGCCGCGGCACUGGGACCUGAUCCAGGAGGUCCUCGACGUUCAGUUUACACCCGAGGAUCCCCUGACCCUCGGCAAACUGUCUGACAUCAACGCCUUCAAGCACGGCGAGGCUUUGCAGGAGAUCUCGGGACAAGCGUCAUCUGAGGCUAGUCUGGAGGCCAUUUUGAAAAAGGUGGAGGAUUCAUGGAAGUCCACAGAGUUUGUUGUGCUGCCACACAAGGACUCGAAAGAUGUGUAUAUCCUGGGUGGGACAGAUGACAUCCAGCAACUACUUGAUGACAGCAACAUCAACGUCGCUACCAUUGCCAGCUCUCGUAACGUUGGCCCAAUCAAACCUCGGGUUGAGGAGUGGGGAAAGCAGCUGGAUCUGUUCAAUAAAACCCUGGAAGAAUGGCUGAACUGUCAGCGAAGCUGGCUGUACCUGGAGAGCAUCUUCUCAGCUCCAGACAUCCAGCGUCAGCUGCCGGCCGAGGCCAAGAUGUUCAUGCAGGUAGACAAGUCAUACAAGGACAUCAUGAGGAAGGUCAACAAGGUACCACUGGCCAUCCGUGCCGGCACACAACCAGGUCUGCUGGAGACAUUCCAGAACAACAAUGCUCUGCUGGACCAGAUCAUGAAGUGUCUGGAGGCCUACCUCGAGUCCAAGAGAGUCAUCUUCCCACGGUUCUACUUCUUGUCUAAUGACGAGCUGCUGGAGAUCUUAGCUCAGACAAGGAACCCCAUGGCUGUACAACCCCACCUGAGAAAAUGUUUUGAUGCCAUCGCGGAGCUGGAGUUUGGGGUACAGGGUGCGUCAGAAGGCAAGGCUUCUCCUGAAGAUGGAGAGAAGGCGGAGAUUCAGUACACCAAUGACAUCAUAGCCAUGCUGUCCCCUGAAGGAGAGAAGGUGUCCCUUGGCAAGGGCCUGAAGGCUCGAGGCAAUGUGGAAGACUGGCUGGGCAAGGUGGAAGAAGGAAUGUUCUCCAAUCUCAGGAAACUCACCAAGGCUGCCAUCACAGACUUUGAGCGCAGGACCAGAGAAGAAUGGGUUGUCUGCCAUGCUUCGCAGAUUGUGCUGACAGUGUCCCAGCUGAUGUGGUGCCGGGACGUCUCUGAGAUCCUGGAGGGAGACUUUGACAGACUCGCAGCCAUGAAAGACUUUGAGCAGAAGAAUUACAGAGAUUUGAACAAGCUGGCUGCCAUCGUGCGUGGUGAACUGCCCAAGUUGGCUCGAGCUGUGCUGUGCGCUCUCAUCACCCUUGACGUCCAUGCCAGGGACAUGAUCACAGAGAUUGUGCAGAUGGAGGUUGACAACAUCAACAGCUUCCAGUGGCAGAAGCAGCUGCGGUACUACUGGGACAUGGACAUGGACAACUGCGUAGUGAGGAUGUCCAACUCCCUCUACGAGUAUGGCUACGAGUACCUCGGGGCGUCCGCACGACUUGUCAUCACACCACUCACUGAUCGCUGUUACCUGUGUUUGAUGGGGGCCUUACAACUGGACCUUGGGGGUGCUCCGGCCGGACGCGGGACGGGGAAGACUGAGACCACCAAAGAUCUGGCCAAGGCUCUGGCCAAACAGUGUGUGGUCUUCAACUGCUCUGAUGGUCUCGACUACAAGAUGAUGGGACGUUUCUUCGGCCUGGCCCAGUCCGGGGCUUGGUGCUGCUUUGAUGAGUUCAACAGAAUCGACAUCGAGGUGUUGUCUGUCAUAGCACAGCAGCUGAUUACCAUCAGGAAUGCCAAGGCACAGAAGUUAUCCAGAUUCAUGUUUGAAGGGCGUGAGAUCAAGCUGCUGCCGACGUGUGCAGCCUUCAUCACCAUGAACCCUGGCUACGCUGGGAGGACUGAGCUGCCAGACAACCUCAAGGCUCUCUUCAGACCCAUCGCUAUGAUGGUGCCUGACUACCGUCUCAUUGCUGAAGUCAUUCUGUACUCCGAGGGCUUUGAGUCCUCCAAGAAUCUGGCCCAGAAGAUGGUGCAGAUGUACAAGCUUUGCAGUGAGCAGCUCUCACAGCAGGACCACUACGACUUCGGUAUGCGUGCCGUCAAGUCCGUGCUGGUCAUGGCUGGUUCACUCAAACGUCAGAAUCCAGACAAACAUGAAGACGUGGUGCUCAUCCGGGCUCUCCGAGACAGCAAUCUGCCCAAGUUCUUAAAGCAGGAUGCAGUCCUGUUCCGAGCCAUCCUGUCCGACUUGUUCCCCGGCGUGGAGAUCCCAGACCACGAUUACGGCCGCCUCCAGACUGAGAUCGAAAGCGUUCAGGCCAACAUGAAGCUUCAGCAUGUGGAGGCCCAAGUGAAAAAAGUCAUCCAGUUCUAUGAGACUAUGCUGGUUCGACAUGGAGUCAUGCUGGUCGGACCUACUGGUGGUGGGAAAACAACCAUCUACAAGAUAUUGGCGACCACUCUGACGAACCUCCAUGCUGAAGGGCUGUCCACUGAGAAUGCAUUCUAUCAACCCGUCUACUGCCAUCUGAUGAAUCCCAAGGCCAUCUCCAUGGAAGAGCUGUACGGAGGCAUCGACAAGCUGACACUGGAGUGGCAUGAUGGCCUCAUGGGGCUGACUGUCAGGAAGACCGUGCAGGACACGUCUGAAGACCAUCAGUGGAUCGUGUGUGACGGUCCCGUGGAUGCUCUGUGGAUUGAGAACAUGAACACUGUGUUGGAUGACAACAAGAUGCUGUGUCUGGCCAACAGUGAGAGGAUCAAGUUCACACCCUUUAUUCACAUGUUGUUUGAAGUGCAGGAUCUCGCAGUUGCCUCCCCUGCCACAGUCAGUCGGUGUGGUAUGGUGUUUGUGGACCCAGAGGAGCUGCAGUGGCUGCCGUUUGUGAAGACAUGGAUGGAGAGCUGGUCACACAAGCUGAAGGAGGAGACAAGAGACUUCCUUUUAGAGCUCUUCACCAAAUAUGUUGCUGAUGGGCUCAAGUUUGUCAACAAGAAAUGUGCACAGACCAUUGGUCAGGUUGACAUCAGCAAGGUGACCACUCUGUGCAAGCUGCUGGAGGCCCUUCUGUUCCCCGCUAAAGGGGGACCGGACUUGGGCCAGGACCCCAAUAAGCUCCACCCCAUCAUUUGCACCACCUUCGUGUUCUCCUACAUCUGGGCCAUCGGCGGCAACAUCGUGGAGACAUUCUGGGAUGCCUUUGAUACGUUUGCCAGGGGACAGUUUGAAGAUAACGGUGAUGCCAAGCUGCCGUCUGGAGGAGAUCUGUGGGGCUGCUACAUGGACUUUGAGACCCGCCGCAUGGACUCCUGGGAGAAGAUCGUCCCUCAGUUCAAGUACAACAAGGAGAUGUCCUUCUUUGAGAUGCUGGUCCCCACUGUGGACACUGUCCGUUUCGGCUACCUGCUGGAGAAGCUGCUGUCAGUCAAGCGGUCAGUCCUCUACACAGGAGGGACAGGAGUUGGUCAGUCUGUGAUUGCCCGGGGCCUGCUGAACAACAUCUCAGAACGCCAGAACUAUGUUCCGGUGUUCAUCAACUUCUCGGCCCAGACCAGCAGUGCCAGAACACAGGAGAUGAUUGAAGGGAAGCUGGAGAAGAGGAGGAAGACAGUCCUUGGAGCCCCUAUUGGCAAGCGUGUCGUCUUCUUCAUUGAUGACCUGAACAUGCCCAAGUUGGACAUGUAUGGAUCUCAGCCUCCCAUUGAACUUCUCCGACAAUAUCAAGACUUCGGGGGAUUCUACGACAGAGAGAAACUCUUCUGGAAAGACAUACAAGAUGUGACCUUGUCUGCUGCAUGCGCGCCCCCUGGUGGUGGCCGUAACCUAGUGACUCCACGUCUUGUCCGCCACUUCAGCAUGCUGACCAUACCCCCACCGACCGAACACAGUCUCAAACAAAUGUUCAUGGCCAUUUUGACUGGGUUCUUCAUGGACUUCCCGCAUGCUGUGAGACAGGCCACCGAGUCAAUCGUAUCUGCCGCUGUUGAGAUCUACGGCAGAAUGAGCACAGAUCUGCUGCCGACCCCUGCCAAGUCUCAUUAUGUGUUCAACCUCCGAGAUCUGUCCAAAUGCGUACAAGGUAUCUUGCAAGCAGACCCUGGAGUUAUCCGUGACAAUAAGCAAGUGUUCCGGCUGUUCUGUCACGAGUGCCAGCGUGUCUUCCAUGAUCGGCUCAUCAACAAUGAGGACAAGCUGUACUUUCACCAGAUCAUGUCGGAGAUGGCCAGCAAGCACUUUGGAGAGAAUAUGGAGCCAAAUUCGUUUAUCACCCAUCCUAUAAUAUUUGGUAAUUUCCUGAAAAUGGACGCCAACCCUGAUGAUAAAAUGUAUGAAGAACUGAGCGACUUCACCAAACUAAAGAGUGUGUUACACGAUUACCUGGAUGACUUCAAUAUGCAAUCUGCUAAGGAGAUGAAGCUGGUGUUUUUCCUGGAUGCCAUCGAGCAUGUGUCCCGUAUUGUGAGGAUGCUGCAGCAGGAGAGAGGCAACGCCCUGCUUGUUGGCGUUGGGGGGACAGGGAAACAGUCACUGACCAGACUAGCUUCCCACAUCUGUGGUUACAAGUGUUUCCAGAUUGAGCUGAGUCGAGGAUACGAUUAUUCAGCAUUCCACGAUGACAUCAAGAAGCUGUACGACAUGGCUGGUGUUCAAAAUCUCAACACGGUUUUCCUUUUCACGGACACUCAGAUUGUUGUGGAGGAGUUCCUGGAAGACAUCAACAACAUUCUCAACUCGGGGGAGGUCCCAAACCUCUUUGAACCAGAUGAAUACGAGAAGCUGAUCAUUGGGUGCCGACCUGGAGCCAAGGAAGCUGGCAUCCCCGAGGGCAACAGGGACGCCAUCUAUGAGUUCUGUAUCAACCGAGUCAGAAAUAAUCUGCAUGUUGUUUUGUGCAUGAGCCCUGUGGGGUCUGCGUUCAGAUCACGGUGUCGCAUGUUCCCAUCGCUCGUCAACUGUUGCACUAUUGACUGGUUUGUGGAGUGGCCUAGGGAAGCCCUACUGGGGGUGUCCACUUCCUUCUUUGAGAAUGUGGAACUUGGAGCAGAUGAACUCAAGAGUAAAAUCUCCGAGCUGUGUGUGGACAUCCACAUGAGCGUCUCCGACAUGUCGGAGCGCUUCUACCAGGAACUGAAGCGCCGCUUCUACACCACUCCAACCAGCUACCUGGAACUCAUCAACCUCUACCUCUCCAUGCUCUCUGAGAAGACAAGGAUUCUGAAGAAUGCCAGAGACCGUGUGAAGAACGGCUUAGCCAAGCUUCUGGAGACCAAUGUGCUGGUUGACAAUAUGAAGAUAGAGCUGGUGGCCCUGGAGCCGGAGUUGAAGAAGAAGUCCGAGGACACCAACGCCCUGAUGGAGAGACUUGUAGUUGACCAGGAGAAGGCUGAUGCUGUGCGGAAGGUGGUGAUGGAGGAUGAGGCUGUUGCCAAGGUGAAGGCAGAGGAGACCCAGUCUAUUGCUGAUGAUGCCCAGCGGGACCUGGAUGAAGCCCUUCCUGCCCUGGAGGCAGCUGUCAAGGCGCUGGAUGCUCUGGACAAGAGUGACAUUGCUGAGAUCCGAGUGUUUACCAAACCUCCAGAGUUGGUACAGACGGUCAUGGAGGCUGUGUGCAUCCUGCUGGGACAGAAAACUGACUGGGCUGCAGCUAAGUCUGUGCUUGGAGACUCCAACUUCCUGAAGAAACUGGGAGAGUACGACAAGGACAAUCCAGAAUCAAUGCUGAAGAAGCUCAAGAAGUAUAUCGAAAACCCAAAGUUUGUUCCCGAAGCUGUUGAGAAGGUGUCCAAGGCAUGCAAGUCCAUGGUGAUGUGGGUGAGAGCGAUGGACCUGUAUGCUCACGUCUUCCGAACAGUCGAACCAAAGAAACAGAGACUGGCAUCUGCACAAGGAGAGCUUGACGUGGUGAUGAAGUUGCUGAGGGAGAAGCAGGACAAGCUUGCGGACGUUGAGGCAAAGAUCGCACAACUGCAGAAGUCGUAUGACGACAGUGUCGCCUCGAAACAGAAACUGGAGCGCAACAUUGCAACGACAGGUGCACGACUUAAGCGUGCAUCCAAACUAACAUCAGCUCUUGCAGAUGAACAGAUUAGGUGGGAACAAAGUGUCAAGCAAUUCAACAUUGAAAUCGGCAACGUGACUGGUGAUGUGUUUAUCUCUGCUGCCUGUGUGGCGUACUAUGGAGCUUUCACCAGUGUGUAUCGUCAGGAGCUGGUCAAUCACUGGAUUGACAAGUGCAAGGAGCUCGAGAUACCGGUCACAGAUGGCAUGACACUGGAGAAGGUUCUCGCUGACCCCUUUGAGAUCAGGCAAUGGAACUCUGAUGGCCUACCUCGAGAUCAGGUGUCCACGGAGAAUGCCAUCUUGGUGACACGAGGUCGAAGGUGGCCCCUCAUGAUUGAUCCGCAAGAACAGGCCAACCGAUGGGUGAGGAACCGUGAGGCUAAGAAUGGCCUGAAGGUCAUUAAGCUGACUGAUGGUCAGUUCCUCCGGACCCUGGAGAACUGUAUCCGGAUCGGAAUGCCUGUCCUUCUGGAAGACCUCGGAGAGAGUCUGGAUCCCGCCCUGGAGCCUGUGCUGCUCAAACAGACAUUCAUGUCGGGAGGGCGUCUUCUGAUUCGAUUGGGUGACAGUGACAUAGACUAUGAUCGUAACUUCCGUUUCUACAUGACAACGAAGCUGGCAAACCCCCACUAUCUGCCCGAGGUUUGCAUCAAAGUAACCAUCAUCAACUUCACUGUCACUAAGUCUGGCUUAGAAGACCAGCUUCUCAGUGAUGUUGUACGCCUGGAGAGGCCCGAUCUGGAGGAACAGCGUAACCAGCUGAUUGUUCGGAUCAAUGCAGACAAGAACCAGUUGAAGGCCAUUGAAGACAGGAUCCUCAAGCUGCUGUUUGAGUCUGAGGGCAACAUCCUGGAUAAUGAAGAACUCAUCAACACCCUCAAUGAGUCCAAGGUGACUUCAGGGGUGAUCACACAACGACUUCGGGAGGCGGAGAAGACGGAGGAGAUGAUCACAACUGCUCGUGAGAAGUACAGGACUGUAGCCGAACGAGGUUCUGUCAUGUACUUUGUCGUAGCUGACAUGGGCAACGUGGACCCCAUGUACCAGUUCUCACUGAAAUACUUCAAACAGCUGUUCAAUGCUACAAUUGAAACAAGCGAGAAGAGUGACAACCUGGAUACCCGUCUGAAAAUCUGCCUGGACCAGACCACGAUGUGCAUCUACAAGAACGUCGCCAGAGCUCUGUUUGAGAAGGAAAAGCUGGUGUUCUCCUUCAUGUUGUGUGGUGAGAUCCUCAAGACUGCAAAGAUCAUCUCUGUAGCUGGGUGGAACUUCUUCCUGCGUGGUGCUGCUGGCAUGGACCGGCAACGCCCUCCGAAGCCAGACAAGCCGUGGUUGAGUCAGACUGUGUGGAACACAGCCUACGACCUCAGUGAGACUGUGCCAGCAUUCCGAGGUCUGCACACUGACCUCAUCAAGACGCCCGUGUGGGUCAAACUCGGCAGCAUUGAGAUACAUCUUAACCCAGAGACAAAUGAAGACUAUGAGCCCCUCCCCGAUGAGCCAGCUCCCCCCUCCCACCAUCCAGGAGGGCAGGAAGAGGCUCAAGCUGAUGAUGGCAAGGUCAAAGGUCACUGGAACAUCAGGCUCACUAGCUUCCAGAAGCUCACCUUCAUCAAGGCCUUCCGAGAAGAAAAGACAGUGUUUGCAAUCACCGAUUUUGUCCGAGAGAAUCUGGGUCAACAGUUUGUGGAGAGUCCGCCAGUGGGUCUGCCGGAACUCUACGAUGACAUGAACAAAGUUACCCCCCUUGUGUUUGUCCUCAGCACUGGCUCCGAUCCCAUGGGAGCCUUCCUCCGAUUUGCCAAGGACAGAGGGUACACAGACAAGAUCCAGUCAAUUUCUCUAGGUCAAGGUCAGGGCCCGGUGGCUGAAAAAUUGAUUGCAAAUGCAGUGAAGAGUGGAGAAUGGGUGUUCCUUCAGAACUGUCAUUUGGCUGCAUCCUGGAUGUUGAGGAUGGAGUCUACGGUGAAGGACCUGACCGAGAAACCCAAUGACAUCCAUGAAGACUACCGCCUGUUCCUCAGCUCCAUGCCGGCCAAACACUUCCCCGUGUCCGUGCUGCAGAACAGUGUCAAGGUCACUAACGAGCCCCCAAAAGGUCUAAGGGCAAAUGUCAGAAGGGCAUUCACUGACAUCACAACCAACUUCUUUGAGGAGAACAUUCUGGGCACAGAUUGGAGGAAGAUGAUAUUUGGCUUGUGCUUCUUCCAUGCCAUCAUCCAGGAGAGGAAGAAGUUUGGUCCACUCGGCUGGAACAUCAAGUACGAGUUUAACGACAGCGACAGGGAGUGUGCUCUGCUCAACCUGCAGAUGUUCUGUUCUGAUGGUGCUAUUCCCUGGGACACUCUCAUCUACAUUACAGGGGAGAUCACAUAUGGAGGUCGUGUGACAGAUUUCUUGGAUCAGCGAUGUCUGCGAACAAUCCUGCAGAUGUUCUUCCGACCAGAAAGCAUUCAACCGGACUACAAGUAUUCAGAAUCAGGAAUCUACUACGCUCCAAGCUACGAGACUCUGGAGGAGUACCGGCAGUACAUCGAGGGGCUGCCUCUGAUUGAUGAACCCGAGAUAUUUGGGAUGCACGAGAACGCCAACAUCGCGUUCCAGACUCAGGAGACACAGACGCUCAUCACCACCAUCUUGGACGUCCAGCCCAGGAUGUCAUCAGGAGGAAGUGGCAAGUCCAAUGACGAUAUCGUGUACGAGUUGGCAGAAAACAUUCUGGGCAAACUAAUGGACAAGCUGGACAUUGAGAAGGCCAACCAGGAGAUGUUUGAGAUGACAAGGGGGCGGAUGAACUCACUGACAACAGUGCUGGAGCAGGAGGUGGACAGAUUCAACAAACUGUUGCGGGUUAUCAAGAACUCCCUGAAGCAGCUACAGAAGGCCAUCAAGGGCUUUGUCGUGAUGAGUGAGGAGCUGGAGAUGGUGUACAACUCCUUCCUCAACAACCAGGUGCCCCAACUGUGGGCCAACGCUGCCUACCCCUCCCUCAAGCCCCUAGCCAGCUGGGUGGCUGAUCUCGUCCUACGCUGUGCCUUUAUCGACAACUGGAUUGUGCAUGGAAUCCCCAAGUCCUACUGGCUGGCCGGGUUCUACUUCCCUCAAGGCUUCUUGACGGCACCGCUACAGAACUACGCCCGCAAGUACGACUACCCCAUCGACCACCUCAGCUUCAGCUACAAGGUGCUGCCUCACUACCGCCAUCAGAGGGAUGUCUACAAGCAAAUGCAGGAACUCAAGUUUGGGGAGGAGAUGGAAAUGGACCAAGAGCUCGAGAAGCCCGAGGAUGGUGUGUUGGUGCAUGGGCUGUUCAUGGACGGCUUCAAGUGGAACGAUGACACCAUGCGUGUGGAAGACUCCAUCAAAGGGGAGAUGAACGGUGUGAUGCCCAUGUUGCACAUGCAGCCCAAGAUGGACUAUGUCGCUGACGAUAAGGACUACCAAGCACCUCUGUACAAGACAGCGGCCAGGGCGGGAGUCCUCUCUACUACAGGCAUGUCCACCAACUACGUGGUAGCCAUCUAUUUGCCAUCGUCACAACCUCAGGACUACUGGAGCCAAGGAGCUGCUCUCUUGUGUCAGCUCAGUGACUAACAUGCGUUACUUGGAAAUGUUAACUAAUAUUGUCUAUCUGUUGAGUUUGUUUACCUGUUUGUUGUUUACAGAGUUAUAUGCCCCUGCUGUUCACUAAAUUUGAGUUGUCUUCCCUUGUACAAGUA